CCUCAACGGCUUUUUUCAUCACAACGGCAACUAAGCAACUUCAGCUGUUCUAAUCGUGAACGGAAUUUUCAUUUCUGUAAGUGUUGGUUGCAAUGGCCGCAUCAACAAUGGCUCUCUCUUCUCCGUCGCUCGCCGGAAAGGCAGUGAAACUCACUCCCUCUUCGCCGGAGCUUCUCGGCAAUGGCGGCAGAGUCAGCAUGAGGAAAUCCGCCUCCAAAUCUAUUUCGUCUGGUAGCCCUUGGUAUGGACCUGACCGUGUCAAGUAUUUGGGACCAUUCUCCGGCGAGCCUCCGUCUUAUCUCACCGGAGAAUUUCCUGGUGACUACGGCUGGGAUACUGCCGGACUUUCUGCAGAUCCCGAGACGUUCGCCAAGAAUCGUGAGCUUGAAGUCAUCCACUCCAGGUGGGCUAUGCUGGGAGCGUUGGGCUGCGUGUUCCCGGAGCUUCUUUCCCGCAACGGCGUGAAGUUCGGAGAAGCAGUGUGGUUCAAAGCCGGUUCACAGAUCUUCAGCGAAGGUGGGCUCGAUUACUUAGGGAAUCCAAGCUUGAUCCAUGCCCAAAGCAUUCUAGCCAUAUGGGCCUCCCAGGUGGUUCUCAUGGGGGCCGUCGAAGGAUACCGAAUCGCCGGUGGCCCACUUGGGGAAGUGACCGACCCGAUUUACCCCGGUGGGAGCUUCGACCCGUUGGGGCUUGCAGAUGACCCGGAAGCCUUUGCAGAGUUGAAAGUGAAGGAGCUGAAGAAUGGGAGAUUGGCCAUGUUCUCUAUGUUUGGAUUCUUCGUUCAAGCCAUCGUCACUGGCAAGGGCCCACUGGAGAAUCUUGCUGACCAUCUUGCUGACCCAGUCAAUAACAAUGCUUGGGCUUACGCUACCAACUUUGUUCCUGGAAAAUGAGCCACAUAAUGUAGUGCACAUGAGUUUUAGUUACUUCCCUUUCAACUAAUUUAAUUGUGAAAUGGGAGCUAAAGUCCAUUGUUGUAAUGUUUUAAUCCGAAUUAAAAAUGAAAUGAAAAUUGUGUUUAUAUUAAA